GCUGCACAUGCUUAGGAGUGUAUGGUUAUUCACGCCAACGGCUUGACGAUACAGUACUGUACCUCUACUUUUCUUUUUGCUCUCUCUCUCUCGCUUCCCCCUUUUCAUUCUUUCUCAUCCCAGAGGACCCUGCCUCCCGCACUACCCGGCCACGACUUUUACAAGUUAACCACCCAAAAAGCCCACUACCCCUGCCAGGUCACGACGCCACCAAAUGGCCCCCGUGCCGUGACCUUCCGCCCCGGACAGGGGGACGCUUUUGGGGGGACAAAAGGUUCAAGACCAGUAGGUAGACCUGUAGUACAGUGAGGUGCAAAACGAGUGUCCCCUUUCCUGUGGCACAACGAAUUAUAAGAACGGCUAUUUCUGGACGCAGUGGAGACAUACAGUGCGAGCAGGGACCGAGCUCACGAGUGCAAGGUAGCCGUCACAUUUGCAAAGG